AAGAACUUGACAUUGAUAACGCCAUUAACAGUUUUAGACCUGUAUUACGGAGGUACAUUUCAUCAAAUGAGAAAAGCUUUGUCUCACUUAAAGGACUAGAACUACAUCCAGAUUUGUUACAAUUUUUACCAAUUUCUACUGGAAAACGUUUGCAAAAAAUUAAAUCGGAGAUUUUAUGCCAACCCAUAGAGAUUGUUAACAAUGAACCCGUAUAUGUUACAAUAAAUGAAGAAACCGAUUAUCAACACAAGCUUUCAAAGGAAAGAUUAAGCAUGAAAAUACAGAAACUUAUCGACCAAUUAUCAUCAGAUGAACUUUUGCAGAGGCAUUAUCAAACUAUUUUGGAUUCCUUAAAAAGUCCCCUAAUCAAACGUGAUGUCUAUGUAACACUUUAUUUUGAAUUGAAAGACGUGGUAAGCAGCACAACAUCAGUGUUCGUGGAGUAGAUGGGAACGAGAACUAUGAUUUCAUAUAUUAUACAUCAUACAUGGCUAGGUAUGAUUCAGAGAAUGAUCCUUCUGAGGAUGAAUUUAACAUUGAUGAUGUUGAAUCGUCUACUCCAAGAAAACCUAGAAAACCCGGCGAAAGAAAAACUUAUGAUACGCUGCAGAAAAAGAAAACAUCAGAAAUAUCCAAUGAAAGAAGAAAAAAAUCGACUGCUUUGCGUGGUAUAAAACAACAAUUUAAAAGACUUAAAGAAUUGAAACACCUAAAUGUGACUUUUGCGUUCGUGUGCUUCGAUUUGACACAACAACGUCAAACUAUUAAGAGAGAUGGGAAAGGAGCCUAUUAUGAUAAUUUGCUCAAUGGUAGACCUAUUGUGGAUAAAAGGGACAUACAAAGAAAAAAACAGAGGGAUGGGUUGACGGAAACUUCAUAA